AUGGUUCGCGACAUCGAGUGGAAGGCCGCAUGCGACAAUUGUUUCUGCGCAAUGGGUGCCAUACGGUGCGUUCCACUUGCGUGCGCCCCACCUCUUCAAGGCUGCAGCCCGAUCGUGCGAGAAGGACAAUGCUGCCCGUCCACCUACAACUGCAGCGGCAGCAUCGAAGUUAAGGCUACCCAAAACUACGCAUCCUACGCCUUCGUCAGCAAGGACUACGCUAAAUUCCGCAAGGAGACCAACUUUUUCCCCGCGAUUGAUCAAUCUACGAAUCCAUCCGUCGAAGGACGAGGUCACAGAGUGGUCGAGGAACGGAUUAGCACCAGCACGAUCGAUCUCGAGGAGGACUCAUCUGUCGCCACCUACUCGACCGCUUGGCCCUCGACUAUGGAGACCGACAUUAUGGACAAUGAAAUCUUGAUAGGGACGGUGAACUAUAAAUCGACCUUGGAAGUGACGACUGCCGCGACUUCAACGAAUGAGUUAUCCAGUAACACUGAAUCGAUAUCAUUCGAGUCGACACUAGCGUCCACCAAAGACGCUGAUUCCGCCACUGGUUCCUGCACGAUGUGCUUAACGAACACGUUCACGGACAUGUCCACGAUCAUGACGACGGAGGAUUCAUCUAGCACGGAUAGCUCGACGAUCUCGUUGUUGGAAUGGACGAUGAUGCUUCCCGAAUUAGCGCUCGAUAAUGGAAACGAUGAAAACAAGAAUGCCGGCGGGGACGGAGACAAAAACGCGAGUGAAAACGUGGAACGGAACGAAGACGAGGCUACGGAGACAGGGGCGACGAUGGGGGAGAAAGCGGAUAUAAUUGAGAAAAACAAAGCUACGGUGCAUCCUUUCGUAGUUUCCACAGAUGCCGGGAAAAUGCUUAUUCCCGACGAGAAAUUGUUCAAGAACUCUACACACGUUAAGAGGACGGAGACCAUCGGCAAGAGACCCGUCACUAGUCCAUCGUCAACGAUACUCAUGCCGGACGACAUCCUCGUGAUGAACGUGACAGUCAAGACGAAUGUCUCGGUGGGCCAUAUACAAGGUGUCACGAUAAAUCCAAUUAGGUCUAUUCCACCUGACAUUGAGGCCAUCCUGAACAUCACUCAUCGAGAAAAAGACGAGGAUUAUGAGUACGACUACAACGAACAACUUCUGCCGCCGUCGUUGCCGAACGUUAGGAUAAUACCCUUUGUGGCAGCAGACGCGUUGGUGAAAGGCAAGGAUGUAUCCUCAUCUGAGACUGGAUAUCCUCCUGGUUCAGUUGUAGUGCCUCCUAAACUACGACCGACCGAUGCUUCCGGCUUUUAUGAUAUUGCAACCCAGGAGAACCGAUUUAGCCCGCCCGUAGAGACCGAAGGUGGUUUUGUACCUAGAGAGCCAUCAUACUUCGAUGUUCCUUUUCGCUCAACAGACUUAAAUCUUGAGAUCGGUACUGGAGUUACUGUAGUUCCACAAAUCACGAAUCCGCAAAAGAAUAACGAUUUAUCGAAUAAGUGCCAUUUUGAAGAUAUGGAAUACCGCCACGGUGAGAUCUUGCCACGUGCCGCUUAUUGCAUAAUCUGCAUGUGUUAUUACGGAGAAGUCGUCUGUUCCUCAGAAAAGUGUCCGCCAUUGAAAAUUGGCUGUCGUAGAAUCAAUUCCGAGGAGAAGUGUUGCGGAAAAAUCGUUUGUGUCGAAGCCGACGAAUCGCCAACGGUGGUGCUUGACCGCGCCGACGCCACGGCACCGUCUCAACGACAGCCCACAGUGUCCCCGGAUCCGUUUCGCGACGUUAUCAAGACCGAGCCAGCCCCGGACUUGCCUUCUCUGAUCGAAGACAUGAUGCCAUAUCUGGUUGAGCGCGGCAUCACAACGCUCAGGCCAACGACGUCCAUGACGUCGGCUUCGAAGACUUCAGCUCAAGGCUUGAUAGGCAAUCAAUUGCAACACCCGUCGAACUUUGAUUUCAUGGAGCAGGUGCCACUGAUACAACCGCCCUUCGAUUACGGAGAAGAAACCAUCGACUCCUCCUCUUUGUUGGCGAAGUACGGAGUGAACCGUGAGGCAUCUUCAAUAGACACCGUCUCGUUAACGUACGAUUCGAAGAAUCAAGUGGUGGAUCACAAACCCCCCGAAAAUCCCGAGACAGACGUCUUCGAUUACAACGGAACGGCGUUGAUCGAGUCAAAUCGCACAACCGACAGUUCGAAGUACGAUCUCCGUCGGAGCAAUACCACUACGGAGCAGAAGUUCAUGAAGGGAAAUGUAUCCGAGACUGAGGAUCUCGAUAGAAACUUCACCGGCGAAGAGGACAAUCGUACCACGAGAUACGACAAUCGCACCGGGUCGGAUAAUUUCCCAAGUGAAGAUGGAAAGACCACCGCGGAGAACGCUUCCGAGGACGUCACCAUCUUUUCUUUGGACAGUGUUCUUAAGCUGCUAUUUUCCUCGAACACAAGUUUCAGCGACAAACUGAUCGAAACCACGGAGACGUCGAAUGUCUCCUCCGUCAGCGCUGUACGAGUGAAUCAGGAGAUUCUCGUCGUUUCAUCGACGAGUGCGGAAAGGUUAACCGAGGAGACGGAAACUGUCGAGACGUCGUCCUCAAAGGUUCUCGACAACGAGAUACCAAUGUCCGUGGGCAGUUUGCUGAAGCUGGCGGGUUGCAAUAUAUACGGGCGAAUGUAUCGCGUCGGCAGAAUUAUCACGGAGCUCUCGAGUCCCUGUGAGGAAUGCAGGUGCACGGAAAUUGGUGUCCGGUGCGAACAGUUGGAAUGUUAAUCGAACAAUCGAUUCGCUCGUAAAAAGAAAAUGUCUCGCGAACGUUUAAACAUCAAUAAAAUAAGACUGUUUCUGUUGAGAAAAUUAAAAGUGCAUACACGUUGUUUGAGA